AAUAGAGUGACAAAACUGGGGCAAACAACUGAAAAUGUCAUCCUAUUUGGCUCAGGAGGUUCACCUUGCUAGAAGACAUGAAGAGAUACUGUCUCAGAGAUCAGAGCUGCUACAGCAGAUGGAGACUUAUCUAGGAGACAAAAAGACUAAAAAGACAUGGCAAACUCAAGCAGCUGAUGCAGCUCAUAAAAGGAAUGCAGCACUUUUAAAUGAUAUAGAAGCAGCAGAAAAAAAGCUGCAAGAACGAGUGUAUUUACUUCCACAUCCCGAUACUGUUAAGUUAGAAACUCUCUAUUGGGCAUCAAUUAAAGAAUCUCUUCCCAAGUGGGAACAGUUUCUUUUAGGAAGAGCAGAAGUUCCUAUUGGUUUUAAGAAAAUGAAAACUGCAAACCAGAACGUAAGCUGCCCAGAAGAAGAUUCACAAAAAUAAACACUCUAGUUUCAUUUUGUGUUGUAAUUUAUGGCUUAAGCAGACAAGAUCAUCCAGAUCAGGCAACAGAAUAUCAUGCCAUUAAAUUGUAAUGUAAAUCAUUUAAAUGAAAAUUAACCAUAUUGGAUAAUUUGCUUCCAUUGUCUCAUUGUAUACAAUUAUUUUUAUUCUGUAGUAGAGAAGCAAUCCUCAAAGUGGCUUUUAGGAUCAAAAGUGAGAAACACUGGUGUAUAGAAACCCACCAAGGCAAUUGCUUUUUCAGUAUGAGAGGAGUUUUAGGUUAUUUUUAAUCCUCUGCUUCUACAUAUAAGUGCGAUAAGUAAAGACAGAUUCAUGCAUUAUCUUUCUUCACUGCAGUCAUCUGUGCUGUAUGUCUUUGUGGAUGAGGGAGAAAGGAGGAAUUUACCAUUAACAGGAAAGGCAGGCUGUUUGAAUCAGACAGAGUAGCCUUGGUUUAGUACCAGGAAUCUGUGUAAAAACCUUCGUGAGAGCAGUUGUAAAAGGAACACCUUGAAUUUCCGCAUCUUGCUUUCCCUGAUUUUUGUCAUUGCCACUUUCAUUGCUUCUACACCUCGCUCCAGUAACCACUGCUGCUUUCUCCAACCUCCUGCUGCCUACUUUGUAUCUCCUGUCUAAUGGGUGGGUAAAGACAAGAAAAAGUAAACAAACCUCUAGGGUUUUUUGCUACUUCUAGGCUGCUCUUAAUGCUGUUUUCUUUAUGUUGACAUAAUCUACAAGUGAGAACUUUUGCUUAGGCAUGAAAAGUUUGAAAGAAGCAAACCAAAAGGUAGCUGGCAGUGGCUGUCCAAGAACCAAGCAUGUAUAGAAGUUGUGGAGAUAAUAUUUUCAUUUUCAGCCAUUGAACAGCUCCUCAGCUUCUUCCUAC